UGUCCGCGACUGACCGACCGCCCUUCUUUGGUUGAGCUUGAGCCGCUUUACUGGUGUCGGUAAUCGGUUUACUAUCCAGUUCGGUGCCGAAGCUCCGGGGCCGCACAUGAACGGUACCAUGGCCGCGUCCUCACACCGGAUAAUGCUGGGGCCGCUGGUUGCUGCCAUCGACCAGGGCACGAGCUCCACCCGGUUUUUGGUAUUUAAUUCAAAAACAGCAGAGCUCCUCAGCCAUCAUCAGGUGGAAAUCAAACAGAGCUUCCCCAAAGAAGGAUGGGUGGAGGAGGACCCCAAAGAAAUUCUGCAGUCUGUGUACGAGUGCAUGGAGCGGACGUGCGAAAAACUCACCCAGCUUAACAUAGACAUCUCAAACAUUAAAGCUAUUGGAGUGACCAACCAGAGAGAGACCACACUUGUUUGGGACAAAGAGACAGGGGAGCCCCUCUACAACGCGAUCGUUUGGCUUGACCUGCGGACUCAAUCAACGGUUGAACGUCUGAUUAACAAAACUCCAGGAAGGAAUAAGAAUCACUUGAAGCAUAAAACGGGGCUCCCGAUCAGCACUUACUUCAGCGCAGUGAAACUACGCUGGCUGAUGGACAACGUGGACGAAGUCCAUAAAGCCGUCAUCUCUCACCGCGCCAUGUUCGGCACCGUGGACUCCUGGCUCAUAUGGUGUUUGACGGGGGGCAAGUCCGGUGGAGUGCACUGCACAGAUGUGACCAACGCCAGCAGAACCAUGCUGUUUAACAUUCAUACUAUGGACUGGGACCCAGAACUUUGCAAAUACUUUGGUAUUCCCAUGGAGAUCUUGCCCAGAGUGAGGAGUUCUUCAGAAAUAUAUGGCCUCAUGAAAUCUGGAGCUCUGUCAGGUAUCCCAAUAUCAGGGUGUCUCGGGGAUCAGUCAGCAGCACUCGUGGGACAGAUGUGUUUUCAGGACGGACAAGCUAAAAACACGUAUGGGACUGGCUGCUUUCUCUUGCGAAGCACUGGAGCCAAGCCUGUAAUGUCUGACCACGGCCUUCUGACCACUGUGGCGUACAAACUCGGUCGGGACAAACCUGCCUGUUAUGCGCUAGAGGGCUCUGUGGCCAUUGCAGGAGCUGUGGUUCGUUGGCUGCAGGACAAUCUGGGGAUCAUCGGAUCAUCUGAAGAGCUUGAGAAGUUGGCUGCUUCAGUCGGUACAUCCUAUGGCUGUUAUUUUGUCCCUGCGUUUUCGGGUCUUUAUGCCCCUUACUGGGAGCCUAGUGCAAGAGGGAUCAUUUGUGGAUUAACUCAGUUUACUAACAAGAGUCACCUCGCAUUUGCUGCUCUUGAAGCAGUCUGUUUCCAGACACGAGAGAUACUGGACGCCAUGAAUCAGGACAGCGGAAUCCCGCUAACUCAGCUCCAGGUGGACGGAGGAAUGACCUCCAACAGGUUGCUGAUGCAGCUGCAGGCAGAUAUUCUCUGUAUCCCUGUUGUGAAGCCGUCCAUGCCUGAGACCACAGCUCUCGGUGCAGCGAUGGCAGCAGGAGCAGCAGAGGGGGUGAGCGUGUGGAGUCUGAGCCCAGAGGACCUGAGUGAAGUCACCUCCGAGAAGUUCGAGCCUCAGAUCAACCCUGAAGAGAGUGAGUUUCGGUACGCCCGGUGGAAGAAGGCGGUUCAGAAAUCCAUGAACUGGGAGACAACAGAGCCCGUUUGUAAUGGAAACGGUGAAAGUAGUAUCUUCAGCAGCAUCCCCCUGGGCUUCUACAUAAUGGGCAGUAUGUUGAUGUUAAUUGGUGCAAAAUACCUGUCAGGCAACAAUUAGGCUGUGACUCCUGGAGAAAGAGGGAAGUGGAAACAAACCCUCUCCAUGCUGGACCACCACUUCUACUCUCGGUUGUGCUCUUUCUCCAAAAGAAUCUCCAGGAGAAAGACAAGGACAAGUUUGAACUGACUAAUGGGACUUUGCUCUGCAGCAGACAAGAACACAUCGGUACAUUAGACAUUCAUUUUAGCAGGAGUGUGCAUGGAAUAUUUUUUUUCCAUGAUAUAUUUCUGAGCUUAUUUAUGUAGACACUCUACCAACGGUAGUUCAGAUUGUUGUAAUCGUUCCACAGCUGUGUCAAGUGAAGUUCACAGUCUAAUUGGCAUUACUUGUUGGUCACGUCACUGUUACCCUUGAACGGUCAUCUAACAGACAUCUUGUGAUAUUUUGUUGUUUGAGACCCUCCACUAUGAGCUACAGAGGAAUAUUUAGAGCACUUUAUAUUUUUGUUUUGUUUUGUGGGAGCUGUGACCUAACAUAGUCAAAUAUAUAUUUUUUCUAACAGUUGGGAUUAGGAUAUAGAAGGUUUGAGUUGGUUUGUAGUGAAAUGAAAACAAGGGGAAGGAGGGGACGAGUGGUACUGUACAUACCUUGUACAUACUUUUGAAUCCAGUAAAGAUAUGUGUUGUGUAAUGUGCAAACAUGAAUUGGGCAAUGAUGACUUUGGCAGACAAUGUUUGAAUUAUUUCUGUGUUCAUGCAGAAUAAAUGAAGACAAGCAUCAUUAAGUCACACAAACUGAAUUAAGUUUUGCUUUUUAAUCCUGGGAAGCUAGAUUUCAUUACAUGCAAGUAUUUUUUCACCCCGCUGUUUGAUGUUACAGGGUUAUGAAAAUGGCAAAAAAACAUUACUGUCUGCAGAACUCAUAAUAUUGUUCCUAUGGUCACAAGUUUAGUUAUUUAUUUUGUUAAUUUAUCAGGGGAAUCUACACAUUUCUGUUAUUCUAGCCACAUACGUAGUCUUUGAUAAAAUGCUUCAAAAAAGUUAUGCGCCAUGCAAAACAUUUGUCCAAUUAUGCAAAAGCUUGUGCUGAACAACUGAAAUGCAAACAGUAUGUAUGCAUAAGAGAACUCUCAACCUGGAAGUUUGAUUGUACCAAUAUAUUAGUGCAGUAUUUUUUUUCUCUGAGUAAACUGUUUAAAUGAAUACUUUAUACUAAAUACUAAAAAAAACAAAUUCUUAAACAAGUUCCUUUUGCUGUGUAGUCAGGCUUUGAAGAGUUAACUCUGAGGAAGUAGAAGCCAGUAAACGAAUAUCUAUUUAUUGUAAUGCCCAACAUUUGUCAUGUCUGUUGUGUGGAUCUGAAACAAAAAGGAGGGAGAACGGGUAUUUUGUUUAAGAAAUGGUUUAGUGUUUUCUCUUUUAAAGCAAUUGCAAGCAUGAAAGUGUGCUGCCAAUUCUCAUGUUUGACCUUUAACUAUGAAAUUGUUAGUUAAUUGUUGGUUUUGAUGAUGAAUUGUUCAGUUUUGUACAAAGAAAAUAAGUCUCCACCCUUGUGUUGCUCGCUCUGCAUGUCACAGUGGAAUCGAUGUAUAAAAAGUGUACAAUCCUGUUCAAGUCCUAAACAUUUAAAGGACAUUAACGUGAAGUUCCAGAUGUGGUGACCAGAUGAAUUAUGGAGCUGAUUUGUGAAGAAAUAUACUGCAGGCAGGCACAGUUGGAAAAGUAACAGGUUUGAAAUGAGGAAACAAUUUGUACAUAUGUCGUCAUCGCUGGUGUAUGGAAACUGGUUUUAUGGAAGAAAAAAUGUGACUAAAAAUAAAUUCCUUUAAUUCCUAA